ACAGGGAACGGCUAGUACUGGAGAGUCUGUGUCAGUGGUUCUGAAGUCCAGGGAGAAGGUUAAAGAUUGCGUAUGUUAGCACGACAGCACGGUUAUCGAGUGAACAAACCAGGCCCCGGGAUCCCCCUUCUAGGAUAUGAUAUUUUAGCCUACUGUCAACAUCGCAAUGCUGCGGCAUUGCCCUAUCCCUCGAUUCUCGUCGGCUGGAACCCGCGGGAAGAUGCCUAAAGCUUCUUCCGGGAAGGAGAAGGCUCCCCAGGUCCCACUGGAGAGCAAGGGUCGGGAUCUGGCAGACACCAAGGAGGUGGCUAAAGAGCCACUGCCCACCCAGAAAGUACUGAAGAUCUUUAGCAUCAACAUCAUUGCACAGGGGCUGCCGUUCUGCCGCAGGCGGAUGAAGAGGAAGUUGGACCAUGGCCCAGAGGUUCGAACGUUCCCUUCUGGCAAAAAACCCUGCAAAGGCCCCGAUUAUUCAAGUCCAGGGCUGGUCCCGUACCCUGGACCCACAACCUUUGGGCACAUCCGAACCUCCAACGGGCAGGGUCAACAGAGGCGGCGCAUCACCUCCAUCCAGCCUCCCACAGGGCUCCAAGAAUGGCUCCGAACAUUUCAGAGCUGGAGUGGCCCAGAGAAGCUGCUGGCACUGGAUGAGUUGAUUGACAGCUGCGAGCCCACGCAGGUCAAGCACAUGAUGCAGGUGAUCGAGCCGCAGUUUCAGCGGGACUUCAUCUCCCUGCUGCCCAAAGAGCUGGCCUUGUACGUGCUGUCCUUCUUGGAGCCCAAGGAUCUGCUCCAAGCCGCACAGACGUGUCGUUACUGGCGCAUCCUAGCGGAAGAUAACCUGCUGUGGAGGGAGAAGUGCAGGGAAGAGGGUGAUCUCUCCACAGGCAUCGAUGAGCCUCUACCUCCCAGGAAGCGGAAGAUCGUCAAGCCCGGCUUCACCCACAGCCCGUGGAAGAGUGCCUACAUCAGGCAGCACAGGAUAGACACCAACUGGAGGAGAGGAGACCUCAAAUCGCCCAAGGUGCUGAAAGGUCAUGACGACCACGUGAUCACCUGUCUCCAGUUCUGCGGCAACCGCAUCGUGAGCGGCUCCGACGACAACACGCUGAAGGUGUGGUCCGCGGUCAACGGAAAGUGUCUGCGGACGCUGGUGGGCCACACGGGGGGCGUUUGGUCGUCCCAGAUGAGGGACAACAUCAUCAUCAGUGGCUCCACCGACCGCACGCUCAAGGUCUGGAACGCUGAGACAGGAGAAUGUAUACACACCCUGUACGGGCAUACCUCAACUGUACGCUGCAUGCACCUGCACGAGAAAAGGGUGGUGAGCGGGUCCCGCGACGCCACGCUGCGCGUCUGGGACAUCGAGACGGGCCAGUGUUUACACGUCCUCAUGGGCCACGUGGCGGCGGUGCGCUGCGUCCAGUACGACGGGCGCCGUGUGGUCAGCGGCGCCUACGAUUUCAUGGUGAAAGUGUGGGACCCGGAGACGGAGACCUGUCUCCACACGCUGCAGGGUCACACCAACAGAGUCUACUCCUUACAGUUUGAUGGGAUCCACGUGGUAAGCGGCUCGCUGGACACCUCCAUCAGGGUCUGGGACGUGGAGACGGGCAACUGCAUCCACACGCUGACAGGUCACCAGUCGCUCACCAGCGGCAUGGAGCUCAAGGACAACAUCCUGGUGUCGGGCAACGCCGACUCCACCGUCAAGAUCUGGGACAUCAAGACGGGCCAGUGCCUGCAGACGCUGCAAGGCCCACACAAGCACCAGAGCGCCGUGACGUGCCUGCAGUUCAACAAGAACUUCGUCAUCACCAGCUCGGACGACGGCACGGUCAAGCUGUGGGACCUGAAGACGGGCGAGUUCAUCCGCAACCUGGUGACGCUGGAGAGCGGGGGCAGCGGCGGCGUGGUGUGGCGCAUCCGGGCGUCCAACACCAAGCUGGUGUGCGCCGUGGGCAGCCGCAACGGCACGGAGGAGACCAAGCUGCUGGUGCUGGACUUUGACGUGGACAUGAAGUGAGGGGCGACGAGAGCAGGGGGGGGGGGGGGGACAGGGAGGGUGGAAACGAAAGGUGAGGCCCCCGAAAAGGGCGGAGAAGAAGCAGACUCUCGAGACACUCGUUCCCCUCCUCGUACCAGUGGCGACCCACAAGCAUUACUACCAACGAGCCACAGGCCCCUACUCCCCGUCUGUGUCCUGUCCCCCACGCCCCCCACCCCUUCGUUAGGGGAAUGUUACUGACGACAAAGCAGACGCGGACGCCCACGUCUUCGUCUCGCCUCCACCUCGCCCCUACUUUGAUCCUUUGGUUAAGUUGGAGGGUGUGGUGGUGGAGACGGAAGGGGCGUGGCUUGUACGCGGCUCUGCGGUUGGCUGGGAAAGAAGGGAGGGGGGCGCGGCUAAGGGGGGGGAGAGAAGAAAACAUGGCUGAAGUCGAAGUCUCCACGGUAACUCUUCACCCUCACCGGCUUAGGGGGCAGCUUCGCACAGAGACUUGCUCGCUCAAGCCUGACACAUAAACAUUCAGAUGUAUAAAGAUAUAUUAUUUUUUAAUCCCACCCAACAUAAACAGCCAACUGUCUAACGGAGGGAAAAACAAAUACACACUGUAUACAGUACACGGCAAAAGAUGGAGAGAAAAGGUUUGUCACGAGAGGGUGAGUUCAGUGUUGAGCUUUUCUUGAUGUGUGCCAUGUUAGGGGGGCUCAUUUUGAGGGGGGAAGAGAGAGAGAAACAUGCAAAGCUUGUCCCACGAAUCAGGAAGUGUCGGCCUAAAUUCAAACCCGUUUAUUGUCGUUAUUUUACCGUUCACUCCACUCCUUUUUCUUUCUUCCCUGGUUUGAUUUUCUUAGAAAAAUGUGAAUUUCACCUCAAGUUCGUUUUGUCAGCUCACCUUAAGGGUUUCUUUCAGAUUUUUGUUUUGUUUUGCUUACCGGCAAGUCCCAGUAUUACACUUUAUUAGCUCUCAUAGUUUCUUUUUUUUGAGUUUUAGUUUCUUUUGUUUUUUUCUUUUUGGUCUCUAGCUGGAGUGUGGAGCGUAGCCUCCCAGAUAAUAAUGCUGUCCUGAAACUGCAUGGGAUCUGUUCCCUAAUGCUGGUGUCACGGUUGGCGGCAAGAACCUGUUUUCUCUACUCCGUUGAACAGCGCCCCCUCUCUCUCGAUCCCAGUACUGUUCUCCCCAGUGGCCAAACUGUAUUUAUGCUGCUAGAUGAACAGGCGAGAAAAAACUAAAAAGAUGGAACUUCUAACUUGCUGUGACGUUUUAGUCCCAGACUAAAUUCCAAAAUCAACUCUUGAUAUGACUAAGUUUGGACUUUUUAAAGACACACACACGGUAAAAGAGCUACGUGAUGACAAAUAAACAACCAACAUUUUUCUUUUUUUUCUUCUUUUUUUGUCUUUGUUUUGUUUUUGCCACUUAAACUUGAGCCAAACGUGCCUCUACGAGGCUGAGAGGAGGGAGUGUGUUUGACAGACAAAGGUGUCUGCGCGCAUGUGUGUGUGUGUGUGUGUGUGUGUGUGUGUGUUUUGGGCAAAUCGUAAACACAUUCCUGGGGUCAAAGCUCUUUCAGCUUGUUCUUUGGGGACAUGUACAAAUGUUGUAUGAACUGGCAAAGAGAAAAAGGAAAAACAAGCAAAACAUAUUGGUUUUAACAAACUGUCCAUGCGCGAUUAUGGUUCUGUUCAGCUCUAUCUGAAACAACAGGCACCGAUAAAAAAAAUUACGAAAAAAGAUAAAGAAAAAAAAAAAAACAAGCAUACUGACAAGUAGUGAAUGCCAGGAGAGUCUUAGUGCUUUGAGUAUUACAUGUUACAGUUGAAACCGCUGGAGCUGCUCUGCUCUUGGCGGUAGCAGUCUCAUGGUUUGCGAAUGGCACACAAGCAACCAAGUGAACAGACAAAACAUUGUAGCCAAACAAAAAUCGUCUCAAUCUCCAAGAGUCACACAACUCAAGCUGAACUGUGAAAGUGGUAUAACACUGUAUAUACAAAAAAAUAAGAAAAAAAGAAAAACAAUCUUGCUCUAUCAUUGUUUUUUUUUUGUUUGUUUUUUCCCUUCUGUUUAAUUUAUGGUCUGGUUUGAGAAAUCGGACAUCGCAGGUGUUUUAUUUUUUCAAAUUCAUGUAAACUGCCUGGCAAAAAAAAAAGACAGAGGAGAAAAAAAAACUUAAAGGGAUUGCGUAUUUGUUUGAUUCACUUAGAAUUUUUUUAUUUUCUUAUAACUUAAGUGCAAUAAAAUGUGGGUUUUUCUUUUUUCAUUUCAAGCAUUUCGGUUGUCUGUGUUUGUCACUUGUGUGAAGGCGUCUUGUGUGUUCAAUAAAGCCUCUUCAGUUUCAUUACA